UGCGAUGCCGCGAGGCCCAGGCGUGUUCAAAACUCUCGUCAUCAUUGUCUCUGACCGAGAUCCAAACCGCACGAAACGCAACGAAAGAUGAGAUUUUGACUCCAUUAAUACAUUUUGUUCGGCCGAUAACCACGGUCACGCUCGUACCCACUCUCUGUAAACGGCUUUUGCAGCUGAUCUCUCUCUCUUCUCUCUCUGUGAGUGGUAACUGAAGAGCAGAGAAGAAAGCAAGAGAGAGACCCGGCAGAGUGUGCGUGUGUGUGGGGGUGUUGCAGAGUGAAGAUGGCGAAGAGAAGCUCGGAGGAGAUGGCGAAGGAGGAGACGUCUGCUGUGGAAGGGGAAGAAGCUCAUCCCUACGCGUUUCACGUGUCUGGACCUCGCAAUGUCUCCUCUCCCAACUGGAGAGACCUCCUCAAUUCCAGUUGGAAGGAUGAGAAUUACAUGAGAACAGUGCUUGCCUGCUUCAUCCAAGCCGUCUACUUGCUCGAAUUGGACAGACAAGAGAACCGAUCCGAGGAAAACGUGCUUGCCCCGAAAUGGUGGCUACCAUUCAAGUACAAGCUGUCCCAGACGCUAAUUGAUGAGCGGGAUGGAUCGAUAUUCGGCGCUGUGCUAGAAUGGGAUAGGGCUGCAGCACUAGCCGACUUCAUACUGAUUAGACCCAGCGGUGCUCCGAGAGCCGUGUUGGCCCUAAGAGGGACAUUGCUCAAAAGCCCCACGAUCCGCAGAGACAUCCAGGACGACCUCCGGUUCCUCACCUGGGAAAGCCUGAAAGGCUCGGUCCGGUUCAACGUGGCUCUAGAGGCCUUGAGAUCGGUGGCGCAAAGCUACGGGAGCAAUAAUGUGUGUAUCGUGGGGCAUUCGUUAGGAGCCGGGUUUGCAUUGCAGGUGGGGAAAGCACUGGCGAAAGAAGGCAUCUAUGUGGACGCCCAUUUGUUCAAUCCGCCUUCGGUUUCACUGGCUAUGAGCCUAAGAAACAUGGGAGAGAAAGCAGGGGUCGCUUGGAAGAGACUCAAGUCCAUGUUCCCUUCGAGUAGUGAACAAGAAAACCAGGUGAGCAUCGACGAGUCACAGACAACUUCAGAGUCCGGUUUGAGGGGCUGGAUGGCGCAACUGAAUCGGAGCAAGACUCUGAAUUUGGGAAUGAAGAAAUGGGUGCCUCAUUUAUAUGUGAACAACAGCGACUACAUAUGCUGCCAUUACAACGAUCCGCCGGGUACGGAUGAGAACGUCGGUGACAAGGAGAAUGUCAGCCCGGGCUUGAUGAACAACGCGCAACAAGUGGCGGCGAAGCUGUUUGUGAUGUCCAAGGGGAAGCAGAAGUUCCUCGAGGCACACGGGCUUGAGCAGUGGUGGUCGGACGGGCUAGAGCUUCAGCUGGCCCUCAACAACAGCAAGCUCAUCGACAGGCAGCUCAAGUCCCUGUACAGCCUCUCGCCUCCUACUCAAAUGUCGAAAAAGCCGUAGGCCAUUAUGAAUGUGCUGUGGCAUCUUGCUUGAUCUGUUUGUUAAAAUAACUCAUUUUCCGAUACCGGUGAUUUCGCCGGUCCUAAAUGCUGCUCCGUAGUAAAUCCUAGCGUGGCCUGGCUGAUUUUUUUUCGGCCCUCUUGGAAAGCAUUUGUUUGGAAAGUUCAUAUCGGCUUAAAUAGCUAACUUACUGUAUUUUCCUC